AAAAGUCUAUGAGUGUAUAUAUAGAUUUAUGUAUAUACACGUUGAACAGAUAAGAUACGAACACUGGAAUUUGUUCAUUAUUUACUUCUAUAUGUAACACAUCAGUGAAUUUUAAAAUGAUUUUAUCAAUGUAUAUGAAAUUUGCAUUAGUUUUCGCGAGCUGUUCAUGUUUUGUGCUCACAGAUAGUUAUUCGAUGGAAGACAUUGGAAUUAAGAGAUUUCUCCAUGGGUGUCCAUUUGCCUUUCCAUGUCCUCCUCCGCCAUGUGAAAAUCCUGUUUAUGGACCCCAUGACUGCUGUGGCGCUUGUCCGGAACCGGAAAUUGUUUCGUCAACGCCAAUAGUAGCAGAUAAAAAGCCAGUCAUUGCGGAUAAUUUUGAUCGGGACAGGAGGACAGCAAAAGAAAUGAGAAAAGUUUUUGAAAGUUUGGCACCUUCGAGGAUAGGUCUGCAAAAUAACGAAUGGACAACAACUACCUACCCAACAACAACCAGUUGUCCUUACCCGUGUACUCAGCAUGGUUACCACUACUGUUACCCGUUACCAUGUCAUAUACCGUGUGUGGAUGGUGUGAAAAGACCAGGGGCAUGUUGCUACGAGUGCCUCAAUGAUCCAAACUGUUCCCAUGACGACCAGAUAAUACCAGAAGGGCAGAAUGUGACUCUUCCUUCCGGAAAUGUGGCCUUCUGUUCACGAGGCGACGUAAUGGGUGGCGAUGUGAAAAUUUACAAGGUUUUGGGAUGAGCUAAACCUUUUAUAAACAUGUCAAAUUUAUUUAACACAAUAAAACAGUUUUCAGCAAG